AUGUCAUUCCUUGUGGGAAGACAGUUGGCCUGGGCCAUCACGACCACUGCGGGCAGUGGUUUCUUGCUAUUCGGUUAUGAUCAAGGUGUCAUGUCCGGUUUAUUGACGGGAGAUGCGUUCACCGCAAGAUUCCCUGAGAUUGACACGACCACAACUGGGCAUGGCAGCUCAUCCCUCCAGGGAACAGUGGUUGCUAUCUACGAAAUAGGAUGUUUCCUUGGGGCUAUCAUGUCUUUGUUUGUUGGUGAAAAAAUCGGUCGCCGCAAGUGCAUCAUGGCUGGAUGUGUGAUUCUGAGUAUCGGUGCUGCGCUUCAGUGCAGUGCCUACAGUAUUUCUCAUCUUAUUGUGGGCCGUAUUAUUGCUGGCAUUGGCAAUGGUCUCAACACUAGUACUAUCCCUGUCUGGCACUCGGAGUUGAGCAAAGCCGCGAGUCGUGGAAAGGGGUUGGCCAUUGAGCCAUCAACAUAUUUGGUUUUAUGCUUUCAUAUUGGGUUGGUCAACUAUGGGUUUUCGUACAACAAGAGUGAAGCUCAGUUUCGCUUCCCUAUCGCACUGCAGAUCGUCUUUGCUAUUCUUACGUUCAUCGGUGUUGUGUUUCUGCCGGAAUCACCACGCUGGCUUAUCAAACAUGGAAAGGAAGACAAGGCUCGCCAGAUUAUUUGGAGACUGCAGGAUAAUGCCAGAGAGAUUGAUGAGAGUGACACUGUUGUCAGUCUUGAGGUCCAGGAAAUAUCUCAGGCCAUUAGAGAAGAGCAAGCGGCCUCGACCGAGGGAUCCUUCAAGCUCAUCUUCCAGAAUGGACCACAGCGCUUUUUCUACAGAACACUCUUGGGCAUGGGUGGACAAAUGAUGCAGCAAAUCUCCGGAAUCAACCUGAUCACAUACUAUGCAACCGUGAUUUUUGAAGAGUCUGUUGGGAUGGAUCACAAUACGGCACUCCUGCUGGCUGGAUUUAACGGACUCGGUCGCCGUAAGCUGAUGAUGUUUGCCGUGACUGGCCAACGCGCCUGCAUGGCCAUUCUGGCGGGAACAGUAUGGAAUGGCGGACAUGCAGCUGGAUUAGUUGCAACAGUCAUGCUAUUCAUGUUCAACUUCUUCUUCGCAGUUGGCCUCCUUGCUAUCCCUUGGCUACUGCCUGCGGAGUACUCGCCACUUGCCAUUCGAACCCGAUCGGCGGCUCUCGCGACUGCAACGAAUUGGAUUUGCACUUUCUUGGUUGUCGAAAUCACACCCGUCAGCAUUUCUAACAUCGGUUAUCGAACGUACAUAUACUUUGCUAUUUUCAAUUUCUGCUUCCUUCCUCUGAUAUAUCUCUUUUACCCGGAGGCUCGUAACCUUACCCUCGAGCAGAUCGAUCACCUUUUUACAGGAGAAAAGGUCAAACUUUACUGGCAUCCGUCCAUGGGCAUGGCCGGGGACGUCGAUGCAUGGAUUGCUCAGGGCAAGGAUCUCGAGAGCGUGAAUGCUCAACACGUCGAGUAG